CGAAGGUACACGCUCACGAAGUCGUAAAUGCGUUUUAAUAAAGAUGAAAAACAAAUAGAUAGUCUUCAUGGAUACAGCCUUGCUCUUCAACGUGCCGGCACAGGAGAGAGAGGCAGAGUCCUCCCAGACGUUGAGUGACCACACAUCAGCCACCCAGCUGCUGAGGCUGCAAGUGGAAGACCUGCAGAAGAGACUGCAGGAGAAAGACCACAAACUCUCAGAGGCACAACAGGUUAUCAGAGGUUUACGAGAUGAGAUCCUGGAUCUCCAGAGGCAGCUGGAGGCUGAGAGGAGGAAGUCCCAGGAUGCAGUGCAACAGCCAGCCAGGAAACCACACAAGGACCAACUCAAAAGAGAGGAGGAGGACUGCAUACCUCCUCCAUCCCUAUCACCAACCUACACGUCAGAACCCCUACAAACAGACCACUUUGGCACUUAUGCAACAGAGGGUUCCGCACAGGAUCAAGAUGGGCCCAAAAGCCUGUCUAUCACACCAGGGGACUGUCCUGUCCAUUCACAUGUCAGUCAGCCCAGUUCCCCUUCCUCAAAGAACCAACACACUGCCCUCUCAGAUUCCCUCCACAACGAUGCAACACCAUCACAGCAGAGGAUGUCCUUGAGAACGUUAUCAGUUAGACUGGAGGACUGGGGACCCAAACUCAACCCAGAUGGAGUGCUUUUGUUGCCACCAGCGGAGCAUGACAACGACGACAAUGAAGUUGGCGACAUCAAUGAUGAUAACGAUCACAUCCCUGAUGAUGAUGACAUCAAUGAUAGUGAUGAUGGUGGCCAUUUUGGAAAUGAUGCAGAUAGUGAUUACACUCCUGAGCGUCAGAAACCACAGACAAGGCCAUGUUUGCCUGUAGCACAACAAAAACAAAAGAAGGCACCCAGUAAAGCCAGAGUUCAUGAAUGUGGCACGUGCUGCAAACGGUUUGCUGCCCCAUCUGCCCUCCGCAUUCAUGAAAGGGUCCAUACUAAAGAAAGACCAUAUCCUUGCGGACUUUGUGGAAAAGCCUUCAGUACGGCAGGUAACCAUAAGAUGCACAUUAAGAGACGGCAUGGAGGCGGACAGUCCUCAGGUCAGGCAUCCACAGGAAGUAGAAAAACACACGGCCAAGAGGGAGAUGCGCAAACUGGAAAGAAACUGUUUGCCUCCUCUUCGCGGCUAAAGCGACACAUGGGCAGGCAUACGGGUGAGAAACCCCAUCGUUGCUCUCAGUGUCCUAUGGCGUUCACCAGCUCAUCCAAUCUGAAGGCACACUGUCGGACGCACACAGGUGAGAAGCCUCAUGCGUGCUCGACCUGUGAGAAGCGUUUCGGCUGUAAGGAAAGUCUUCGCUAUCAUCAAGUGACUCACACCAACGAGAGGCCGUUUCUCUGUCCGUUAUGCGGCAAGACAUACAAGUAUGAGAGGGACCUAAGUCGACACCAGCAGGCUCACACUGGGGACAAGCCAUACACCUGCGCGGACUGUGGACAGACUUUUGGGAGGUCCUCAAACCUCACCAGGCAUCGGAUUACGCACACAGGAAACAGGACUCACCUGUGCGCCGUUUGUGGUAAGACCUUCCGUCGCCCAGACGACCUCAAGGUACACCAGCGUGUUCACACUGGAGAGAAACCCUACGUCUGCACCAUCUGUGGGGAGAGAUUCAGCUACGUACAGACCCUCCAGUCCCACCAGAAACGAGAGCACUAUAGAGAAGAGAGUGAGGAGAAGAAUAGCUCAACUCAUGUACUAGAUCCUGAACAACCGGAAUAAUUGAUUGUGCCUUUUAUG